AUGGUUCUUACCACACGAUCCGGUAGCGCCUACACCAAUGCCCAGAUCUCGGGAGGCUACUUCCGACCGUGCCGUGGCGAGUAUGACGAGGUGAUCCUAGAAUACUUCCGCUGUCGUUGCGGCACGCUCAAGUCGGUAGAAUCCGUCGCCAAGGCUCUCCAAGGUCGCGAUGUGGAUUUGCUGGAUGUCAGGCAGUGGUUUGAUGAGCUUAUUGCUCUAAAACCACAGUUCGAGACACAUCUCGGUUCUCGAGCUGAAAUCGUUCACAGCCCUGACUUUGAGUCAGGGUGUGUUCGCGUUCUGAGGGGACGGCAGAACCGCCUAACGCGUGCGGAGAAGACUGCCCUCGGCCCUUUCGUAAAGCUGGCGGGGGACGCAACGGUGGAAUCGGACAACGAAGAUCUUUCGUUUGUCGAACGGCAUCGUAAGCGCCGCCGGAUUGCCGGACGCGCUGUUUCCUACGAGCAAUUGAAGACGAUUCCACCAACGUCUAACGUUGUGGAACGCUUUUUUAGUGCGGCGCGGGUGACAUUUGGUCACCAAAGACAAGGGUUGCAACCUGCAACGCUGGAGAUGAUCUUAUUCCUCCGUGAGAACCGUGGUUAUUGGGAUUCUAGCACGGUCAACAGCAUCAAUUGA